AUUCCACAUUGGGAAUACAGAACACGUUUUCUUUCCACGUUGUGCAUCCGAUCAGUAAACAACUCGAGUAGUCGAGUAUCACAGAUUACAUUAAUUAUGAUAAACUCUGCUUCUCCGACUUACUUUUAAAACUUAAGACUUUACUUUCACCUUUAAAUAUGCAAGAAAUUGAGGUUGCACCCAGAGACGUUUUUACUCACUAUAUUAACGUCAAAAAAGGGCAAACUAUAUUAUGGUGGUUUUCCACAAAAAAGAAAAACAUUUCGUUUGGCUUAUAUCAGAGAAAAGGACCAGCUGUUUCAGCAAGAAAUGUUUUCAUAGCUGCAUCUACAACAAACUCAGCUACAGAAGUUCUUACGCCCAUGGAGAGUGGGCAUUUAUCGCCCGUUUCAAUAAGACAAAAUAAUACACCCGCUCUAUCAACAACUAAAUCUAGAACGAGUUUACAUAGCGUUGCAAGUGGGGUCAGCAGAACUUCUAUUGAUACAAAUGAUACUGACGAUAAUGAAGAAGCAUCUGGAGAAAACAAUACGGAAUUAGGUGCUACGCUGAAUGAUUCAACCUCUGCUCAAUCCCUUCAACCCACUAGUCCUGUCUUCAAUCGCGGACGCAAAAAGUAGUUAUCUAGUGCAAGAAGAAGGGACUUACUGUUUAUGUUUCGAUAACUCGUUUUCACGUAAUACUUCAAAGGCGUUGACUUUUUUUGU